GGCGAAGGAAGCCGGGAGCGAGCGGCGCCUGAGGCGGGGCGGCGUCCCGGUCGGGAUGCAUUAUCGUGUCUCCCGUCCGGUGACAGGCCAGGGCUUUGGGUGGAGUGUUGUCUUUUCUCUCUUAUCGGGCUUUCGUCGGUAGUAGAAAUCCCUGGCCACUUGUUUAACAUUCUGUUCGUCGGAAUGAUGGAUUUCCUUUUGGAGAUACACACAGAAGUGUUAAUGUUGUUUUUAAGAGAAAUGAAUAGAAAUAACCCAUUUUGAGGAAACCAUGGCAAAAUUAAAUACAAAACACAGAGCUUGUUCUCGGGAAUCUUCAGUAUCUUCUCUGUUAACAAGCAGCAACCUGAGUGGUAGUAAUUCCUCUAACUCUGAUGGCUCUUUUCAGUAUAAGGAUAAACUGUACAGUUCUGCAUCUCAGGCUCUGCAGGCCUAUAUUGAUGAUUUUGAUCUAAGCCAAAUGUAUCUUGGUGCAAGCACUGGAAAGAUUAACACUGAUAAAUGUUCUGUAAAUAUGCCAGAAUCCUCCAACUAUAUUUAUAAACCAAACAAUGCUUUUGAAAAUCUUGAUGACAAGAAAGAUUUGUCCUUUUCCUAUAGAGGACAGACUAUUCAUGACAUAGACUCCAUUAGCCUAACAACUGAUGAUCUAUUAAAACUUCCAGCAGAUGGAUCAUUUUCUUUCACUUAUGUUGGAUCAGGUCACGAAAUUCGCAAGAAAAACAAGAAAUGCACUGGAAGAAUGAGUUCAUCCGACAGUGAAAAGAAUCAAAAUUUUCAAGAACCAGUCGCUCUCCUGGGCAAGGAUAACUUAGUUACCCCAGUUGUAUACACAAAUAUAAAAGGAAAGCAAUGUGAUGGGCUAAAAAACCCAAAACUUGUGAAUAAGGCUAAUAAAUGCAUUUCUGUAUCAUCUUUAUCUUCUUCCAAGAAAUCAUCUUUUAGGGACAGUUCAGAACACAGUCUUGAAAAGAAUUACCCAAGAUGGCUCACUAGCCAGAAGUCUGACCUUAAUGUUUCAGGGAUAACGAGCGUACCAGAUUUCAAGUACCCAGUGUGGCUUUACAGCCAAGACUUGCUACCCGAUACAAACAGUCAAAGGGUUUAUCAAAUAUUUAAAGAAGAUCAGUGUUCCCCUAGGCAUAGUUACCAGGCACAGAGAACUUCUCGGCUAAUGAAUAAAUUAGAUUGUUUUGAAUAUUCUUUUGAACCUUCGAACAAUGCACAUUCCUUGAGUGAUGAUAAAGGAUUAGUUAAUCAAUAUAAAUGUGAUUCUGAACAUAGCCAAUGUCAGUGUGAGAAUCUGCCUCUCCCGGGAUCCAAAAAGCCAUUCAGUGGUGACAAAAUUGAAUUGCUUAUCCUGAAGGCCAAGAGAAAUCUGGAGCAUUGUACUGAAGAAUUACCAAAGUCUGUGAAAAAGGAUGACAGUCCUUGUUCAUUAGAUAAACUUGAAGCAGAAAGAUCAUGGGAAAAUAUUCCUGUUACUUUCAAAUCGCCUGUUCCUGUUAACUCUGGUGAUAGUCCUCAACAAACUUCAAAGGCAACAUAUACUAACAGGUUCCUUGAAGACUUUUUAAAUAAUGAUAAUCAGAGCUGUACCCUUUCUGGAGGGAAACAUCAUGGUCCUGUUGAAGCCCUGAAGCAAAUGUUAUUUAAUCUUCAAGCAGUCCAAGAAAGUUUUAAUCAGAAUAAAACCACAGAGCCAAAAGGAGAAAUUAAACAAGUUUCAGAAGAUUUCUCUAAAUUACAGUUGAAGGAAAGUAUGGUUCCUAUUACUAGGUCACUUCAAAAGGCUUUGCACCAUUUAUCUCGCCUGAGAGACCUGGUUGAUGAUACCAGUGGGAAACAGUCACCGAAAAUGUGAAGAGGAAAAUAAAAUCUAACCAAUAAAUAGUCACCUCAGAACAAAAAUGUAUUUUUUUUCCUAUUGCUUAAACUGACAAAGUAAUCAUAAGCCAUAUAUGAUUCUGUGAUUGGUUGAAGUAUUGAAUUCUUUUUGAAAACCAGACUUGAAAAUGUCUGUAGAUUUUUGUGGCCUGUCCUCAUUUUGUGCCAAAAUACCAGAAGGUGAACUGGAAGGACCCACACUAUAGGUCCUAGUCUGACUUUGGUCUUCAGCCUAUCAAAUGUCUAAUAUUCAAAGAUGGAUAAUUUCCGUUCUUGAAGCCUACAUGGACUUAACCUUCUUCAGCAUCCUCAUCAUUUUACCAUCUGAUUCUGGAUCAUUAAGAAGUUUUUCCUGGUUUCUAUCCAAAAUCUGUUAAGUUAAAUAGACUUUUUAUAAAGUUAGCAUCCACUUAAGGGACUUAAUGAAUAUCAAAAUUGUUAUGGUGUAUCUUAUCCAUAUGGAAGUAUGUUACUUUCAAGUUUCAUAAAGCAAACAUUUAAGAAUAUGUUGUAUUUACAGAUAACAUUAAUUGAUGCAGUGCUAAAAGGAAUGUUUUAUAUUGUGAAUUCCAGGAAAACCUCAUUUAAUUAAUGUUUUGAUUCUAUGUCAUAGUCUUGACAGUACUUGACAGUUUAUAAAACAUUUUGGGGGGGAUACUUGAGAAUUUAAUAUUUUGAUAUUAAAUUAUUUCCCAGAUUUAGGUUUUGAGGUUAGCUCAUACUAAUAAAAAUUAUAUCAGUGACCAGUUAGUUGCUUUAUGAAAUUUGAUAACCUAAAUGAAUAUGGAAAAUCAGAAAGCAACUCUGUAUUUUAAAGCUAUUUUGUAAGUGCUGAACUUUCUUUAAAGCAAUCUGUAGUCUUUAAGGUUUGUCACUAGCUAGAACUGAACAGAGCUUUAUAAUUUUGCAACUUCUACUAAGUGAGCUUCUAAUAAGCAGGAAGCAUCUUUAACAAAAUGAAGAAAUAAGUCAUAAGAUGUGGCGAAGUAUAUAAAAAAAAGCCUGAUGAAAUUAAAGAAUAUCUAUGUAUGUAUACAAAUAGUACAGAUUAACACUACCCAAAUUGGAGCAUUUUUGCUAAGUAGCUUUACUGUCAAAUAGGAAUUUCUGAGAACAUUGGGUCAAAGAAUUUCCGCCCCAAUUUAAAGCUCUAUAUAUAACGUUUCUUAUAGGACUUACAUGUCAAAGACUGGAGUGAAUCCUGUCUUUUUUUCCUCGCCUAGUGAGUCAGAGUCAUUGUACUUUUUGCCCAGUUUGAGAGUCACUUGCUAAUAUGUUUUGUUUACUCUGUGGAGGUGUUGUUGCCACUGACAUUCUAUUUCUGAUUAUGGUCUUCUGCUUCACAGCAAUUAGUUUGCAUACAAACGACAUUACUCUGAUGAUUGAAAUGUGGUUGGCUGUUAAAAGUGCAGAUAGGUUUUAAGUGGAUGAACAUGGAUCUGAGUUGAGCAUGUUCCAGUGAAAUCCAGUAUUCGUCGAAUUCAAAAGGCAGAGCAGAGAAAGAUAUCAGAGAAUUACAUAUUAUAUGUUGAUCAGACAUAAUAUAUUUAGUGUACCUAGAAAACACCUUCAAAGGGAUUAUGCUUUAAUGACUCUAAGUAGCACUGAUUUGGUUAGUGCUCCCAUUUGCAAGAAUGUAUCUCCAGUACUAAAUAAGACGUCUGUUCUGAAGUUCUGUCAUAACUAAUAUUUUAAGAAUCUUGAUUAUGCUUACCCCAAAGUAUUUUUCCUUUUGUUUUAAAUAUGGAAGUUUAAGUUUAUGAGCAAAAAAAGAGAAUGAACUUUAUCUAAAUGAUUAAUUCUAACCUUUAAAAAAAGGAAUAUGUAGGAGAUUCAAAUAAGAAAAAAUGUAAAUGAUAAGUGUUCAAAAAUUCUUUUAAGGAAUUGAUUUAAUUAAUUGUUAAAUACUUCAGUAUUUUUUAUUUUGAGAUUUCCGGAGGAAUAAAGGAAACAACAGUAUUGAGACUGCUGAGUCGGGAACUUAAAGCCAAUGAGAACAAUUGGAUUUUAAAAAUAGCAUUGUGAAUAUAAAAUUUUAUCAACCUUUUUCUUUCCUUUAGGUAGAUUGAAAAAUAUUUAGUAGAAAAAAUGAUAACAUUUUAAUAAGACAUUUCAAAGUUUUAAUUAAGUAUGAAGAAAUUUAACAAACCGAAUUAAUUCCAAAAAUUGAGAUCAAGGGAUAAAAGUGUGAUGUAUAUGUGAAAACUUGAAACUCAACUGUAUUUUCUUUAUCAGUAAGAACUCUCAGUUUUUUCUGGGACAACUUAUUUCAGUUUCAAUAGAGAUUUCUGACCAAAUUGAGGAACUCUGUCUUCUUGGGUUUGUUUGGGUUAUAUAUCUCUCUAGUUAUGUUAUUUCUUGUUGAAAUUUAUAAAUGUGGAUUUUGGGGGGUAUUAUUUUGUGUUUAAUGUUUGAGAUAAUGUCUUGUUAAAUCAUACGCAGUUAUACCAAAAUGUUGCCUGAAGAAAAAUCAUGACAAGGUUUCUUUUUCCCUUCCUAUGUUUUGAAUACGUGGAAUCACUCAUAGCUUUGAAUUUGUUUCCUUUUUUCCUGUCCCAUCUUUCAGUAUGACUCAGAACCUCUUUGUUAGAUGUGCUCUUAAGAAGUAAACUUGCCAAAAGGCAAGUAGUUUGAAAGGGGACAAAAUUCAUCUGUGGCUAAGAUCAUUUUCCUUUUUUGAAAUAAAGUAGGUUUUUACUCUCCCAGUUUAUUCUACAUUGUCCUUACCAUAGAUCAGACCCGUGAAACAACUUUUUUUUUUAUAAUAUAGCAACUUCGUUACCGUAACCGAGACUAGUCCAUUUGCCUCCUAAUACCUGUUUCACCCUUAAGCAUUCUUCCCCUCAUGUUCGGAUCAUACACCCAAAGACAUCCACACUAGUCUUUGCAAGAUACUGUUGUGCACACCACCGCUGUAGUCUUACUGAUUUAUUUCAGCAAAUUUGCUGUAGCUAAAUUGCUUUACUUAGGUUCUCCCAAACUUUCUAUAUAUAGUCUCACCUUUAUGCAUAUUAUUACCCAUACUUGAAAUAUUCAGUUUUCUUUCACUCUGGUUAUUUAAAGCUUGUGACUCUGCCAUUUCUUUGAAGCUCUGACAGAGUUUAUACUUCCUUUUCCAAACAUUCUAACCUUCCAAACUCUGGUAGGUUGGCUCUCCUUUUUCCUUCCCCAUCACUCAUUUGGCUGUUACAGUUCUUGUUUUAUGUUUUGGAUAUGCCUCUUGAAGCAGAUUUGUAUCCCUAGGGGAGAAAAUGUCUCAAAAAAUAUUAGAUGAUUGGUUUUGUUUUGUCUCCUCGAUAGUGUCUCUUAUAUAACGAUGUAUAUAACGAGAAACAUGUAAACUUAAAGUGUUAGUUGAUAAUUCUAAGCCUGGUUUGGUGUGUAAGGUUAUAAGCUCAAGAUAGGAGAAACCACAUCCUUUAUU